UCAAACACAUACACGCUCACGCACGCACUGACACACACUCUCCAUACGCGGGCUUCCACACAACACACACUUGGAGGAAGAAGACGCACCAAAGACGCACGAAGGUCAGCGGCUCCUCUCUGCUUCUCUGCGCCUGUUCUCUCUCUUUUCUCUCGGCGGCAGGAGAAAGAAAAAGUUUCCAGAAGGAGAGAAAGAAAGAAAGAAGGAGUGUCGCUCAGCGUGAGCAAGCAAAGGCAAGAAAAGCCCUGUUUGGUUUCCUAUUUUUCGCGUCUUGGACACUAUUUUUUUUUUUUUUUCGAUUUUUACGCACCAGGCACGAGCUGUGGGAAUCUCUCGAAGCGGACUCCCGGGGUUUGUGGUGAUACACAGUGAGGAAGAGGAAGGAGGAACCAGACCAGGGCGAACCAAAGGGGGUGAAGAACUCACCAGGUAGGUAUGGCGGCGGUGUUGCCGAGGACCCUGGGUGAGCUGCAGCUCUACAGGAUCCUGCAGCGAGCGAACCUGCUCUACUACUACGAGGCCUUCAUCCAGCAGGGUGGCGAUGACGUGCAGCAGCUGUGCGAGGCCGGCGAGGAGGAGUUCCUGGAGAUCAUGGCCCUCGUCGGCAUGGCCAGCAAGCCGCUGCACGUGCGUCGCCUGCAGAAGGCGCUGCGCGACUGGGUCACCAACCCGGCUAUCUUCAACCAGCCGCUCACCUCGCUGCCCGUCUGCAGCAUCCCCGUCUACAAGCUGCCCGAGGGCUCGCCCACGCUGCUCAGCGCUCAGGACCGAGCCAACACCGCCAGCGUCAAGAUUCCCAAAGCCGUCGCGGCCGCCUGCUCAGAUCCCGGGAAGCUGGACGUGGCGCGGGACAAAGUGUCGGCCGGGUCGCCCCUGCAGGGCAGCAGCGAGGCUCGGUUCUGGUCGGGCCACAGCAACGACAGCGAGCACAGCCUGUCGCCAUCGGACCUGGGCUCGCCGUCCUCACCCAGAGACGCCCUGGAGGCCCUGGAUGCUGCCGCCGUCCAGUCGGUGCUGGAGUGCGUGGACAGGAUGGCGCCCGGACUUCCUAAAACAGACCUGGCCGAGGUCAAAGAUCAACUGAAGAACAACAAAAAGUUAGCGAAGAUGAUCGGACACAUCUUUGAAAUGAGCGACGAUGACCCGCGGAGGGAGGAGGAGAUUCGUAAGUACAGCGCCAUCUACGGACGCUUUGACUCGAAGAGGAGGGACGGCAAACACCUGACGCUGCACGAGCUGACGGUGAACGAGGCGGCGGCUCAGCUCUGCAUGCGAGACAUGGCUUUGCUGACACGUCGAGACGAGUUGUUUGGACUCGCCCGGCAGAUCUCCAGAGAGGUCACAUACAAAUACACCUACCGCACCAGCAAGUCUCGCUGUGGAGACAGAGACGAGCCGUCCCCGAAGAGGAUAAAAACAGAGGAGAACUUCUUCGACAUCCAGGAGGCGCUGCAGGCCAUCCACAUGCGGCAGGAGAUGCUGAGGGAGCAGCUGGCCUGCGCCAAGUUGAAAGGGGAGGAAACCGUCGGGAGAAACCUGCAGAUGCAGCUGGAGCGUCUGCUGGCGAGGCAAAUGGAGAUCCUGCAGGACGCCGCCGUUCAGGAGCGACUCCAGGCCCUGGACUGGAGGAUCCCCCCCGCCGCUCUAAAGUACCUCAAUGACGUGCAGAACACUAACGGAGCAGCUGCCGACGCCAGCAGAGACAACCAGGACGAACGUCCAAUCAACUUGCGGGUGGUGAGUCAAAGCAUGCAGGAAGGUGACCUCCCGCUGGGGAAGCAGCUCGCCAAUGAACUGAAGCGUCAUCACAACCACAACCACAACAACAACAACAACAACAACAACACAGACGAGACCAAAACACCAGCAACAGAAAACGGGACGUCGCAGCGGGCGCCCAGCAGCGCAGAGAAGAAGACCAUCAAGUCGGAGCCCGAAGACUCCACAUAGUGCCUCACCCACCCUCCCAGCACCCGACUACCCAACCUGUACCCACUCCCAACUCAUUCUACUCACACUUGACAGUAUGCAGUUACUACCCGUCAAUAGAUACUAAGCAAGCACAGCCACAGUAGAGCCUUAACAACCAAUGUUGCCUCAUGAAUAGCAUUUAUUUUUCUUUGAUUUCGUCUUUGUGUUUUUUUUAUUUUCAAAGGUAUUUGCCAAAGCACCUAGCGAGCGUGUCGAGAAGCCCUUCAGAGCUGUGCAGGUCUUUGUCUGUAGUUGUACACGUUAGAUACGCAUGUCGUUUGAGAGUGUGUGCUCUUUACCUCUGCCUGGGUGUUAUUUCUGUUGCUUUCUUCGGACGGCCGGGGCUGACUCUUAACUCAGACGUAGAUUCAGACGUGAGACGAGGGCAGAAAUGUUGCCGCGCGUCCACAACGAGGUGAGCUCACCGCAGCUUUACCGAUUUAUAAAACGACCACGGCGACGAUUCUUUAGAGCUGAAGCUGCUGACGCUGCCGAUAUUAAAGUAUUUUGAGAGUCUAGUGUUUCCUCGUUAGAUUUUUAGUUCAACAAACUUUGUUUCAAAUUGAAAUAUAAUGACAAAUACUGGAUGGAUUGCCAUUAGACUUGGCAAAGACAUCCUAUAAAUGAAGGUGACCCCCUGGCUUCAAUACAACCUGUAGGUCUGUGUAAAGUAUAGAAUUAUAUUCAUGGUUCCAGGGUUUGGAGUGAAAUAUCUUUACAAGCAUUCACAAAGUUGGGAAAAGACUCUCUCAGGAUUAAUUGCACAAAUUUUGUGGAUCCCUUAAAAAGUCCUCUCUCCUUCAGGACGUCAAAACAUUUGUCCAACUACCAAAUGUCCGAUUCCCAUUGGUCUCAUCUGUACUUUGUAUUUGGUGCUAAGACUAAAAAGUCUUCUGGAAACAGGGUGGACACAGCUACUUGUGAUUUUAUGAGCUGAUGCUUUCUGACAUACAUGUGAGCUUAACUGAAUAUUUAUUGUAAAAUAAAAAAGCAGGCACCACAUAAUAAAGUGGUCAUGCAGUGUGUUCUCAGUUUGAGAUUUCUAUUGGCUGCAGUGGCUGGUUUCACAAGCCAUUAAAUAUAAGAAGAUAAGAAGACAAAAGCUUCUGACCCUCCAGGUGUAGAAGUACUGUAGGGAGACUGAGUUAGGAUCCAGCCCCUUCUUCUUCGUCUUUCACUUCAAACGGGGGAGACGGGAGAAGUGAGAUUAACGAGUCCUCCCCUCCUGGUGUGUGUUAUGUAUAUUUAUGGGAGGUCAUUUCAGAGGAGGAUGUAUAGGAGCUGUGGAACAACAGCUGAGGACCUUCGUCUUGGCAGGACGGCCGGGCUGGUUUGCCGCAGGCCGAGCUAAUUGGUUCAUUUCACUUUGUAAUUUAGCAAAACACUGCUGUUGAACCAAAACCAUGCAUCUACAAACAGGGAUUAUUUCAGGAAUCCAGACGCCCGUGUGUUUUGUAGAAGUAAUCCAGGAGAAAUCCACUCAAUAUGAAAACUUUCAACUGAACACCAUAAAAUACUAAAGAUCGCAGGUUUGUGGGUUUUAACAGCAGCAAAAGGUCGAAUCCCUGUGUAUUGCGUGUCGUGUAAAUAGUUCCAUGAUAAGGAAUCGUGUUAGCCUAAUCUCUCAACCAGGGUUUUCCUUCGUCGAGUGUAACUUUGCUGUAGAUUUCUUGGUGUCAAUACAGUGUUUAUGUAUGUGGAGCAAAAUCAUAAAAAAAAAACAAAAAAAAAACCUAAGUGUCAUUGAGGAAAAAAAAAUAAAUAUGUGAAAGUUUCUGGUAUAUAAAAAAAAAGAUGCUUUACAUGAUGAUGAUGAUGUUGAUUAGCCUUAGCUCUUAACACUUUUUAAUCCAUCAGUGCAGAUUUCCAAGAUGUGUUGUUGCUGUUUAGAGGUAGAUACAUAACAAAUGAGUGUUCACUGUGUUUCUGUGUCUUCUCCACAUUGUGUAAAUAUGUCUAUAUGGUCCCAGAUGAUAAUAAUGUCCUCUCGAUUUAGUCUCCCUGCAGGUAGUUUAGUCUCACUCAGCGUAAUGACAGACCAAUGCAAUAUUUAUGUCAGUAACACGUCGGUUUGCAUAUUCUAUGGAUCCAUUGUUUUGUGCUCAGUAACUGUACGUCUGUCAUCGGGGUGGAGCUCACCUUCGACACGGGAACUGUUUGUGUCGUCUGACUUUUAGUGCACGAGAGCACCGUACUUGUGUUUGAAGACGUUGUGCUCUUUCCA